AUGAAGCUCGUCCUCGCUCUCGCCGUCGGCGCGUCCGCCUUCGGGGGCUUCGGCAAGAAGUCCGCCGCGCCGGCGCCGUCGCGCGGCGGUGGGAACCAGGUGGCGCAGGGCGGCCAGACGCCGACGAACAUCCAGGUGGUCCCGCGGCGACGCGUGUUUUUGCCGACGUGUCAACGCGACGAUCCUGACGACGAAUUCGGCCACCCGCGUACGCGCGGCACUAUUUUGGGGCGGCCCCUGCACGCAGGCUCAGCUCAAGCAAGGCGCUGGCGCGUGUUGACGCGGCCGGAUGCGAAAGCUGUCGCCCACGUGGUCUCACGCGCUGCCGAGACGCGCAGUUUUGGCAAAAAGACGACGCGUGCUACACCAGGCGCGCGCUGGUGA